UGACAAACUCAUUAACAAUUCAUCGACACGGGCCGUUCCAUCCGGCCCCCGUUUCCACGGCGACCGCUGCUGUGGCGCCUCUGAUUGGCCGACGGACAGAAUGUAUCCAACGAAACGCCUCCUGUUUGUAGCCAUUCAGCAGCCUGGCGCCGCAGAGAGCGCAUCGAGCGAGACUGCGGAGCGUCCAUUCACAGCAGACGGAGGCAGCGACGUCCGGAGGAACGCAGAGUCCCGUCCCGCGCAGCGCAGCGCAGCGCAGCGUCACGCACUGAUCCCCGCAAGGAGCCCGCAGCUGGAGCCGCCGCUGCGCUCGGAUCUGUGGAGUUCUAUAAGAGGAGCGGAAGCGGCAGCCGGUGUGACUCAUUGAUAAAGAACAGGCUCCGCGCGAGCAGAUACAUGAAUGAGCGCCAGCGUCGGCAGCUCGGAAGCCGUCGCCGACCCGUCCCCGCGCCUCAAGGACGCCUGGAUUGAGAAGUGAUCCGUUUUCUGCUCGCCUCUUGUUUUUGCGCGUCAGAGCUCGUUCCAGCGCGCACACAUUCCUCUGCUCGUCGCCGCCGCAGCCGAGAAGCUCCCCGCGUUUCAAACCAGCUCCCGUCACUCCUGCUCAUAAAUGCUUGACAAGCUCAAGCCCGUCGUCCAGCUCGACUCGGUCAUGGCCAUCAGCAAGACGGUGGGCUGGCUCCGGGAGCAGCUGCAGACGCGCAGGGACGGCCUGCUGGUCAUGGACUGCCGGGCGCAGGAGCUGUACCAGUCGUCGCAUGUGGAGUCCGCCAUCAACGUGGCCAUUCCCAGCCUCAUGCUGCGCCGGCUCAAGAAGGGCAACCUGCCCGUGCGCUCGCUGCUGUCGGACGGGGAGGACCGGGAGAGGUUCGUGCGCCGCUGCAAGACCGACACCAUCGUGCUGUACGACGAGUACAGCCGCGAGUGGAACGAGAACGUGGACGGGGGCUCGGUGCUGGGUUUGCUGCUGAGGAGGAUGAAGGAUGAAGGCUACAGGGCCUAUUACCUGGAGGGCGGCUUCAGUAAGUUCCAGGCCGAGUUUCCAGCUCUGUGCGAGACCAACCUGGACGGUUCCCCCAGCAGCAACUCCCCCAGCGCGCAGGUGCUGGGCCUCGGCGGCCUGCGCAUCAGCUCCGACUCCUCGGACAUCGAGUCCGACAUAGACCCGAGCAGCGCCACCGACUCGGACGGCAGCCCGCUGUCCAACCCGCAGCCGUCCUUCCCCGUGGAGAUCCUGCCCCACCUGUACCUGGGCUGCGCCAAGGACUCCACCAACCUGGACGUGCUGGAGGAGUACGGCAUCAAGUACAUCCUCAACGUCACCCCCAACCUGCCCAACCUCUUUGAGAACGCCGGCGAGUUCAAGUACAAGCAGAUCCCCAUCUCGGACCACUGGAGCCAGAAUCUGUCGCAGUUCUUCCCCGAGGCCAUCGGCUUCAUCGAUGAAGCUCGAGGCCAGAAGUGCGGCGUCCUGGUCCACUGCCUGGCCGGCAUCAGCCGCUCGGUGACCGUGACCGUGGCCUACCUGAUGCAGAAGCUUAACCUGUCCAUGAACGACGCCUACGACAUCGUCAAGAUGAAGAAGUCCAACAUCUCGCCCAACUUCAACUUCAUGGGGCAGCUCCUGGACUUCGAGCGCACGCUGGGGCUGAAAAGCCCGUGCGACAACCGCAUGGCGCCGCCGAGCCAGCAGCUGUACUUCAGCACCCCGACCAACCACAACGUCUUCCAGCUGGACCCCCUGCAGUCCACGUGAGGCCGCCGCCCCCUCCUCGCCGAGGCUCCGUGGGCCUCCUGUUCCCAACGCUACGAGCAGUCUCUUUUUUCUGUCGUCCGCCAUGCGACGGGCUCUCGUUAUUGAUACAGCUGGUUUGAGGCGGCAGCUGCUGAGCGCGGUUACUGGAGGGCCUCAGCCGUCUGCCGGGACACAGCUGCUGUUGACUGAAUGAAGACAGACACUAAAGAGACGGAGACACAGGAAGCAGAGGUUCAUUAAACCGUACUUUCUAUCGUCUCUUAUCGUCUUUGUGACUGAGGACACUUGUGUUACGCUUCAAAGCUCCGAGGCUGGUGCCAAAGAGGACGUCAUUGUUCAAACUGGACAAACUGGACAUAUCUGUGGAUGAACGUGUGGUUUGGGGUCCAGCACUGGUUUCUCCCAAAGACUUUUCGUCUUCCGUGAAGACUUGCCUGCUUCAUGGCACAAUUCGAACUGGACUCCUUUCAAUUUGUACUUGGUGUAAAUAUCUUCAUAUAAAGGUAAAAGAUAAAAGUAAGUCUUGCUCUAGUAUUUUACCCGUCGCAACAAGUGGGUACUGAAGAUUCUUUGUUUCAUAUUCUACUUUUAUGUAAACCAGCUGCAUAUUGAUCAGUAUGUUUAAGUUGAUUAUGCCAAAAAUCCAGCGUUGGGCAGCGACGUGUCCAUGUGUAAAUGAUUUCUCGCUUGAUAAUCGACAGGCCUUGUUUUUGCACCCGUUCUCCCCCGUCAGCGUCACCCCGGUUUUUGCCUUACUUUUGCACUCAUGCAGUUUUAUUGUGCAUUAGCCUUCAGAGACGCCCACACAUCCACCCGUGUCCUCACCUGUGCAGCAUCUACCAAACCCUCAGACUCUGUGUUUAGCAGUAUGUCACCACAGCAGAACAGCAGAACGUGUGCUUCUCUGAAGGUCAGUGCGAGUUCUGAAAUAUGCACGAGAGUCAAAGUGUCCCUGGAGAGAAGAGAACCGCCGGGUUCUGUUGGACCCCCCGCGGGGACAAAGCCAUCCCCUGACCUCUGACCCCCCCCGCUCUCACGAAUGUAAAGAAAGGAUAAGUUAUUAAUAAAUUGCUAUUUUGUCUACACUUC